CAGCCAAUCAAGGGAGCAGGAGCGCGUUUGGGUGCUCGCGUCAUCGCAGGACGCCGACUCGAGGGCGACUUGCGGGCUAUCAGCAAGCUUCCCGUCGGCUCAAUCGGCAGUGCGUUAAGCGUCGUGGAGAAGGAGGCCAUAUCGCGGGUGGCAGAGCCUGUGGGUGAGUUGCCGGUCAAAUGCCGCACUGCUCAGAGCUCUAUUUGACCGCGCUGCACGUCAGCGCUCCGCCUCCCCGCCUUCAUUGCUUCCUUUCCUUCACCCUCAGCAGUCGGUACAGCAACAUGGGAGAAGGUUGCCGUUGCGGUCGCAGUGAUUGUCUUCAUCGUCCGGUGGGCAACGUCUGGUACGUCCGUCGGUCCACGUUUCUGCCGUUCGUGAGCGCGUGGAGAAGGCGACCUGCGUUCGCACAUUUUUCUGCCCGCGACUGCCUUCCUCCCUCUUUUCCCCGAUCCCUGUCUUGUGCGCAACGUGAAUCCAGCCUUCCGAAUCCAGUCACGUCCUUCCUCCGACUGAUCCCGUUGUCGCUGACUUUUCUUCCCAGGUCUCUCGGUGCACACCGCAGUACGGCGAGUGGAUCCCGACGCGUCGGUCUGCGCGUCCACCCUUCAGUGACCUCAGCCCGUUCUCGCCCCCCACGUCUCGUGCCAUCCAACCCAUCCACCCUGCUCGUAUCACCAUGAACAUCGCGGCACACGAGACACAGAUACGUACCGCCACUCAACCCUCUCCAGCGCUGCCAGCUCAGGAGG